AUGCGCCUCUGGCUGGGCUUUCGGGGGUCCUGCGAGACUGGGCGAGACAGGGCGAGACGCGGGCGCUGUGGGAGUGUGGCCUCGCUCGACUUCCUCAACCCCACACACACCCAUCCACAACCACCCACCCACCCAGUCAACAGUAAGCACGAGCGUAUAGUAGUUGCUCAGCUCCCGGCUACACCCAGGCCAAACCCGGCUCACCUCUCUACCUACUGCAGUGGCCUCGGAAGAACCCACCAACAACGUCGCAGCCGCCGAGGAAGAGUCGGGAGCCGUCUUUGAACCCGUCAUCAAGCUCGAGGAAAAGGUCGAGGUCAAGACCCACGAGGAGGAUGAGGAACCUUUGUUCAAGAUGUGAGUCGGGUUCAGAGCGGGCAAAGGGGCUGAGCUGCGAUGACGAACCGGCUUCGUCGUCAUCGUCGCCGUCGUCAACGUCGAUCGAUCGCGUGUCGAUUCUCAGUCCACUGUCCCCCUCCACUUUUGCGCUGCCUCCACUGCAACCCCGUUCAAGAACUAACUCCGCGAAAACACUUUUUUGUACACCAGGCGAGCCAAGUUGUUCCGCUUCACACCCGAGUCGUCCGAAUGGAAGGAACGCGGCACCGGUGACGUGCGGCUGCUCCAGCACAAGGACAGCAAGAAGGUCCGUCUCGUCAUGCGACGCGACAAGACCCUCAAGGUCUGCGCCAACCACUAUGGUCAGUCCAACUCGGCCAUCAAACAGAUCAGUUUUGCUCAUACUUUUGCCGUUGCACCCCACUCUGCGCUCAGUCACGCCCGAGAUGGCGCUCUCGCCCAACGUCGGCUCGGAUCGCUCAUGGGUGUACAACGUAGCCGCCGACGUCUCGGACGGUGAGGCAUCCGCCGCGACCUUGGCCAUCCGUUUCGCAAAUUCAGAGAGUCAGUACCGCAGCUACGAGCCUCGACGCCUUGUAAAGCUGCCCGAGCUGACCCCCUUUGCCACCUUGCCCUGCUCUCCCCACAACUCCCCAGACGCCGGCUUGUUCCGCACCGCCUUCCUGUCAGCCCAAGAGACGAACAAGCCUUUACUCGGUUCCAACGCCGCGCCCGCCCCUGCGCCCGUGGACGACGAACCCCAAAAGGACGCCGACGCACCCAAGCCCGCCGCUGCUGAGGAGACAAAGGCCGACGACAAAAAGGACGAGCAGGAAGUUAAAGAGGCGACCCAGCCGACCCAGACCGAGGUCGUGCAAGGAGAAGCAAUCAAGGAGCCGACAAAGGAGGUCAGUUCCUAGUUUGAAAGUGGGAGUGUUUCUUGACUAGGAGCGAAACAGGAGCUCAUUCGACUCGAAUCCUUUGCUCUGCCCAUCUCUUCUCAGACCCCCACCGAAGGUGAUGCCCAUGCUGCUACCGAGGCGUCGACCUAA